GCCGCCGCCAUUGAUUGGCUGCAUUCCUUUUUUUCCUCCCGUGGCCCCGCCCUCUCUUGGCCCCGCCCACUUUUCUCUCUCUCUCGACUCCAUAUUGAGGCUUGAAGGAGGCCAAAAAAAAACCCUUGUUACAAAAUGGAGAAAUGAGAGUUCACCGUGCUAAAUACCUUGUGAUAUUUUUUUAAAACUGUGACUGGGUAGCAGCUGUUACCUUCAGCCUUAAAAGAGGUUAAGAGGAACAACUGAGUCAGAACAUCCUCUCAAAAUGGCGUGUAAAGAGGAGAGAGAGGCUGAAGAUUACAAGAGGAGGGGAAGAAGAUCUUCACAGGGCCAUGAUCCCAAGGAACCAGAACAAUUAAGAAAGCUGUUUAUUGGUGGUCUGAGCUUUGAAACUACAGAUGAUAGUUUAAGAGAACACUUUGAAAAAUGGGGAACGCUGACAGACUGUGUGGUGAUGAGAGACCCACAGACAAAACGUUCCCGGGGCUUUGGUUUUGUGACUUACUCAUGUGUUGAAGAGGUAGAUGCUGCAAUGGCAGCUCGGCCACAUAAGGUCGAUGGCCGUGUGGUGGAACCAAAGAGAGCAGUUUCUAGAGAAGAUUCUGUGAAACCUGGUGCCCAUUUAACAGUGAAGAAAAUAUUUGUUGGAGGAAUUAAAGAAGACACCGAAGAAUAUAAUUUAAGAGAUUAUUUUGAAAAAUAUGGCAAAAUUGAAACCAUAGAAGUAAUGGAAGAUAGGCAGAGUGGAAAGAAAAGAGGCUUUGCCUUUGUAACAUUUGAUGAUCAUGAUACAGUUGACAAAAUUGUUGUUCAAAAAUACCACACGAUAAAUGGGCACAACUGCGAAGUGAAGAAAGCUCUCUCCAAGCAAGAAAUGCAGACUGCCACUGCUCAGAGAAACCGUGGGAGCAGUUCAAGCAACUUUGUGGGUCGUGGAAAUUUUGGAGGCAGUGGUGGAAGCUAUGGCAGAGGUGGAGGUUUUGGGGGCAGAGGAGGUUAUGGUGGUGGAAGCGGUGGCGGCGGUGGUAGCAGAGGAAAUUUUGGUAGUGGGGAUGGAUACAAUGGCUUUGGUGAUGGUGGAAGCUAUGGAGGUAGUCCUGGAUAUGGUAGCAGAGGAGGUUAUGGUGGCAGCCCAACCUAUGGAAACCCAGGUGGUGGAUAUGGUGGAGGUGGUGGAGGCUAUGAUGGUUACAGUGAAGGAGGAAGCUUUGGUGGUAACUAUGGUGGCAGUGGAAGCUAUAAUGAUUUUGGCAAUUACAGUGGACAGCAAGCCUCAAGCUAUGGACCCAUCAAAGGAGGUGGCAGCUUCAGUAGCAGAAGCUCAGGCAGUCCCUAUGGAGGUGGCUAUGGUUCGGGAGGAGGAAGUGGUGGCUAUGGUGGAAGAAGGUUCUAAAAAUUCUACCAGGAACAGGGCUACAGUUCUUAGCAGGAGAAAGCGAGGAGUUGUCAGGAAAGCUGCAGGUUACUUUGAGACAGUCGUCCCAAAUGAAUUAGAGGAACUGUAAAAUCUGCCACAGAAGGAGCGAUGAACCAUAGUCAGAAAAAUUUACUGCAGCUUAAACAGGAAACCCUUCUUAAGGACUGUCAUAGCCACAGUUUGCAAAGAGUGCAGCUAUUGAUUUAAUGCAAUGUAGUGUUUAGAUGUACAUUCCUGACUCUCUUUUUUUAAUUUGUUGUUGUAGCUUUGUCUUUUCUUCAUAAAUCAGGUAUAUUGCCCUGUAAAUUUGUGGUAGUGGUACCAGGAAUUAAAAAUAAUUGAGGAACUUUUAAUUUUUUCAAUACUUGUGUAGUUCAGUUUUUUCUUACUGAAACUUCUUUAAAUAAAGAAAUGUAGUUUUAGGGUAUACUCUUGCUAGGAAGAAAAUCAGUGCAUUAUAAUCUGUAUUAAUUUAAACUAUAGAAAUGCUGACUCGUUUAAGAACCUUAGUUUUUCUGCAUAUGUAGCCAAUUGAAAUGAGUUGCACAUGCAAAGGGAGAGAAGAGAUGUUUGCAUUAAAACUUGCUUAGCUGUAUAAUUAGGACUGAGUUGUUUAAACUAGUGCUUGUGAAUGAUAAAAAAACACCUUUACUUUAAAAUGAAAAUUCCAGAUUCUUCUGGUUUGUGCAUAUCUUAAUUUGUAGCCUUUUUGUUUCUUAGCUUAAGUAAAAAAGCAUUGAAAGAGAUCUUUUAAAGCUUUAUUCAGUUUGCUUCCCAUUUCAUUGAUACAUGCAGGAGCUACACUGAGCACUGGCAGAACAAGUUUCUGCCUUUUAUUACUCUUGAGAUUUCCCCCCUCCAUGGUAAACAGAUUUAAGUUCAGACAUAAUUGAAUUAAAACUUUGAAGCCAAUAGCCUGGGUCUGUUACUUAGUGUAUAAAUGUAUAGCCUCAUUUGUAUAUACGUUCUGCCCUUAAAAACAUGGGUUUGUUGUAAUGGUAAUACUUCUGUUGUGUGUAAUUCUGUAUGCUCUCUUCAGUUGACACAGGCUCACAGUAUAGGCACAUUCCUUCCGAGUUCUUUCUUUGGAGUAUAAACUUUCUGACUAUUAAGUAAACGAGCACAUUUCACACUCUUUGUGAAAAAGCCCCAGCGAUAGGCCUUGAAGGUGAAGUGAAAGCAAACAGAUUUCCAGUCCAGCUGUAGGAAAUAUUUUGGCUAAUAUAUUUAUGAUUAAUAUGAGCCCUAUGGCUAGAAACAAAUCACUGCAUUUUAGCAUCAGAAUGAUGUGGUCAUACCUUGCUUAAAUUCAUAAUGGUGUGUGUGGUUCACUUAACACAAAAUUUGUAUAUAGCCAUGUUCCCUAAUAAUUUGCUAUCCUUCUCGAUCUGAUCAGACUUCUCUUUCAACUAUUGCCAGAGCAAUGCUUUCUGUCAGUACACAUCCAGAAGAGUAGGGCACAGUGAGUAGAAGAAAUAUACUUGCCAGUAUGAUGCUGGAGUUUCUCACCUGUUAACUACUUCUCUAGGCCAAAGAACAGUAUACGGUAAACAUGAUUCCAGUAUAGGAAUGGAUUAUCAGGUUUUUAAAAAUGUUGUUCAAACAUGAGACACAAUCAUGGUUGUUGGGUUUGGAAGAAUGUGGUUAAAUCUCAAGCAAAAGCAAUGUCUUAAAACAAGCUCAGAAGCACUGAUACACCCCUGACUCUCCAUAAUAUUACUGUUACUAUGGGGCUUAGAUGAUUGUCCUCCCACUAUGUCCUUCCUCUUUUUAGGAAACUGUUCAUACUGCAGUAAACAAAAUUUUGAAGGGGCAUGGUUUGGUAUUGUGAUAUGAAAUCCUAAGAUCAUGAAACUACCUGUGUAGAUUUCUUUGUGCAAGGAUGGAUGAACUCUAAAUAAGAGUUGGUCACUUUGUGAUCCUCCAGAUCAGUGAUUCUCAAACUGCUCUUCCUUGUGUUUGGGACUUCAGCUCACAGAAUCUCAAACCAUUGGCCAAGAUGGCUGGGGCUUCUGGGAGUUGAAGCUCAAAACACCUGGAGGACCAGAGUUUGGGAAUCACUGCUUUAAAUGUUGCCACUGCAGAUGCCAUCAGUGCUUAUAGGAGUUGGAGUCUGACAGCAUCUGGAGAGCCUCAGGUUGCUGACUUUUGAUUUAAAUCAUCCCUUCUAGACCUGUUCAUUGCAGGGGCAAAACUGGAGGCUGGGUUGAGGUACUUGAUUGAUUCUUAACAAAGGGGGAAUUGUAAUUAUGCAGGGAAAACACUUCAUUAGUUGUAUGUAUUUGUUUUGCAAUUCUCACAAGUUGCCAGUUGUUGGUGCCAGUGAUUUAGAUCUAGUUCUCUGUGAAUUUGGUGAAGUACAAGCAAAGGACAGUGAUUAACCAGCUUUUAAGACUCUAAGAUGUAUCUCUUAGCCAAAGUGUGGAUCAAAGGAAACUCAGACAGGACUUCAGCAGCCUAUUGUGUAUGUGGACCAGUCAGCAUAAUUAAAGAAAGACGAGGCAGCAACAGCACCAGCUUCAACUUCCAGAAAAGUGAAGGCAUAAAAUACUAUGCUGAUAGUGAGCAGCUUUCCAAAAGCUAGUUAAUUCUGCCUAUCACAGCUGAAAUAUCGAAGAAAGUCUAGCAAGAGUUCUUCACCAUUUGGAAUCUCCUUGAGGCAUAGCUACUUGAGUUGACCAAAGUCAUAGGUCUAGCGUUUAGACCUGAAAGGAAGGGGAAUAAGAAUAGGUAAGGUUUGUCUCUAACACUUUUCAUGAAUUAAAGAAUAACUCGUUUAUGAACAAGGUAAGAAAAAUUUAUUUGAUUUGCAGAUUACUGCAUAGAAGAAAUCUCUGCUUCAUCAGAUGCAGAUUUUUUUACCUAUUGGAAAACUCUUGGCUUGGUAAGACUCAGUAAUACAGUAUAAAAACAUUGAUGUGCCAUGAUUGUAUUCUGGGCUUUGACAAUCCAGCUUCUGUGAUAAAGAACAAAUUAUGUAAAUUUAAGGUGAGUACCAAUAUUUAUUUUUGUAUUUUAAAUCUAUGAACCCUGAAUUAACCAAUAUUUGCAUCUGAUCGGUUUAUACUAAAGUAGUACUUAAUAUAUUAAGCUGUCAAGUGGUUCCACUUGUUCUAGUAAUCAUUACCACAACUCUAGGAGGUAGGUUAGUGUGAUUGAUACAUUGCAGAGGGAUGAAUGAGAAGUCAUAACUGGACUGAUGGAUUCUUUGCUGAGAUGAGAUUUUUGUUGAUCUUUGUUAUUAGUUAAUUCAGAAAUAUUUUGGAAAAGUAAGAAAGAACUGAUAACAUAAUUUUACUUUUCUAAGAAAAAAUGUUAAUGUUCAUUAACAAAAUCAGAAAUGGACAGUUUUAAAUAGAAUUCCAGUAGUCCUACUACACCUGGUGGUUUGUGUGAACUGGCUUGGCAUUCAGCCUAGUGUUAACCAUGUUCCCAAGUUCAUUGGAAGUUAAACUGAAAUUGGAAGAACUGAUUUCCAAAUUGAUAAGCAGGAGAUUGGGUUAUAAGAGCUCAGUUGAGCAAUGCAGAUUUUCCUUGGGGAUAAACCAACCAUUUGUUCAUCUGAAUCUGGUUCACAUUAUGCCCCUGCCAAAUCAUUGGCUCUCUUUCAGGUGACAAAUAUGUAAAAUGAUGUCCUAUUUGGGGAUUUUCCCUUCGAUUGUUCAUUUAGUCUUGAAGACUACAUAAUACGGUGAGUAUUUAGAACUACAUUUUGCAUUAUGUUUGUGCUAUGUCUGCAUGCCAGUGAAGGUAGGAUCAUGGUUCCAAACAUUCUGUAUUUGGGGACAUGUUUUCCAUGUUAUCACCACAUUCCCACUCUUAAUUCAAGUUUGGACAAUGGAGACGGUUUUGUAGACUUUUCCUGUCUUACAUACUUAGAUGUUAGUGUAAUCAAUUUUAGUACAAAUGUUUAAACUGAAGGCAAAAUUCAAAAUCAAUUGUUUGCUUAUAACCACUGCACCAGAAUAUACACGUUGCAGUUUACUAUUUAUUCAAGUCAUUUAUUUAAGCAUCCCUAUGUUCACUUUCCCUCUUCUGAAACAGGACAUGGCCAAGCUUGGGUGCUAAUCUUAGCAUCCACUGACAGAAGAUAGUAAAGGGUUCUACAGGGCACCUAAUCCUGACUAUACAAGCAUGACCAACUCUUUUCUGCAAGUUGAAAUAAGAUGCAAGAUGUCAUACAGAGAACUGAUAGAACUUCAGAAAAUGAUUCAGACUGUAAUCUCAUACUGUUUUGAUCAAAUAUCUAGAAUAAAGUAUAAUUUACUGUGACAGUUGGUAAAUCUAAUUGUAUAUGGAUAUUAGGUCUUUUCUGCAUCAUUGAGCAUUCUCCUUGAAUUCUGCUUUUACAACAUACUAAAUUCAAAAGGUUUUGAGAGGACAUUGGGUAGGCAUUAUUCCCUUAAUUGUACAAAAUAGUCCUUCAUUAUGCUGUAGCAGAAUUUAUUUUCAUUAUAACUUCUCUAAGUUGUAAAUCGGCCUUUGGAAGAAGAAUACUUGGCUGAACCUGACCAAACUGAUUUCUUCGUACAAUACACAGUUUAGAAACUGAAAAGCUGCAGUGCCUUGUGAAUACCUUAAGCAGAGGAUCGCUGUGAUAACUUAAGUGUUCUGACAUUCUUUUAAAAGGCACAAACAUAAAGGUUAUGCCUCUUCCCUUGAAAAUGUGUUCAGCAGCCAGGAAGGCUUUGGGGCUGUUCCUUCAGGAGAGGGGGCAAUUCUGUGGACAUCUUUUGUAACUAAUAUUUUUUUAAAUAUGAUCUCAGUAUAUUAGUCCUAAUUUUAAAAUCUCAUUGGUAUUGAUGGCAUGUCACAUAUAAGCAAUGAAUCCAAAUCAUUUCAUUGACUAUUCUAGGUAAGACUAACAUUGGUUUAAGCUCUGUUUUGCACUUCAUAAAAGAUUCUUAAACAAAUUAUGAGGUGCUAAAUGGCCUGUUAGAGAAAGAGCAUUUCAUUUAAUUUCUUAACAAGAGUUAAAAAGCAUAAGCAGAUCUUGUCGUACAUGAAAAAAUACUGAAUAAAAGUUGGUGCUCACUGAAAUUGGAGUGUUCAUAAAUUUCCCUAUUUAUUUUCUGUCCCUUCAAAGUCUUGGGCAAAUAUUUUUACUAUUAGAAUAUAUUUCUAAUACAGUAUUAAACAAGUUAAUAUUACCAUUUAUCAUGUAUCUAGGCAGCUUGAAAAAGUUUAUCCACUGUUUAAUUACAGGAUUUCUACAAUAUUGCCUUUCAUUUUUUCCCUGUGUUUCCCUUGUUUCUCUUUUUUUUAAUGUGAAUUUUAUGCUCAGGCUGCUGUUGUGUUUUAUGUUCAGUAAUAUAUUUGUAUAAAUGAAAGGGUCUUUCACAUACUAUCUAAAAGCAGCAUCUUGUUCAACACACUUGCCAAAUGUUCCUUCCAGAUAUUCACCUGUAACUCCCAUUAUUCCUAGCACAGAGUAUAGUGAGGAAUGCUAGGUGUGGCAGCCCAUUUCUGAAGGGCUGUACUUUGCCCACCUAUUAAAACUGCUGGUUUAAUGAGAGUGGCUGUGACCAUGUAUUAAAUAUUUCAUGUAAUUCCCAACACAAGUAUGGUUUGUAGUUUUCAAAGUGGAAAAAAAUGGAGAAGUCUGUGAAAAGCAGAAUUAAUAGAGGCUGAUCCCAAAGAAUGGUUAGACUAUAUAAGCUUUGUGAAAAUAGCCUGGAAAUAAAGAUGAGGAAAAGGAA